CAGCUUCUUGCAAAUACAAACUGUUACUCAGAGAUUGAUGAAGAGAUGGAAAACCUUGCUCUUUUCCAGCCACAGUCCACAGACUUCUGAUAUUUAUUGAUUUUACCAAGGGGGAAAAAGAAGAAUAUAAUUCCAGCCUGUUUUUGUGGUGUCCGUUGCUGGUCUCCCUGAGCUUAUGUUCCUGUGGUUUGAAUGUUUUUCUAUGUGGCUCAGUGUAUUAAGACCUGCAGAACUUAAGUGGUGGUAUUCAAUUGGUUCGACAGGACAGUGAUCUAGCAUUAGUGGUUUGUGGUAAGCAGAGAAGUGAUGGCUGCUUUUAAGUUGGAGUUCCUCCCAGAAAUGAUGGUGGAUCAUUGCUCCUUGAAUGCCAGCCCGAUCUCAAAGAAAAUGAAUGGCACAUUGGAUCAUCCUGACCAACCAGACCUAGAUGCUAUCAAGAUGUUUGUGGGCCAAGUCCCACGGAGUUGGUCUGAAAAAGACUUGCGAGAUCUAUUUGAACAGUAUGGUGCUGUCUAUGAAAUUAAUGUCCUGCGAGACAGAAGCCUAAACCCUCCUCAGAGCAAAGGGUGCUGUUUUGUUACAUUUUAUACCCGUAAAGCUGCACUAGAAGCACAGAAUGCUCUUCAUAACAUGAAGAUCCUCCCAGGGAUGCACCAUCCCAUUCAAAUGAAGCCAGCUGACAGUGAAAAGAAUAAUGCCGUGGAAGAUAGAAAACUAUUCAUUGGGAUGAUCUCAAAGAAGUGCAAUGAAAAUGAUAUCAGAAUGAUGUUUUCCUCUUUUGGUCAAAUUGAAGAAUGCAGAAUUCUACGGGGUCCUGAUGGUUUAAGUCGAGGUUGUGCUUUUGUGACUUUUACUACAAGAGGAAUGGCACAAACAGCAAUCAAAGCAAUGCAUCAAGCACAGACUAUGGAGGGAUGCUCUUCUCCCAUCGUAGUGAAAUUUGCAGAUACUCAGAAGGAUAAAGAACAGAAACGAAUGGCACAACAACUCCAGCACCAGAUGCACCAGAUUAGCGCUGCCUCUGUUUGGGGAAACUUGGCUGGACUGAACACACUUGGACCCCAGUACUUGGCACUUUAUUUACAGCUCCUUCAGCAGACAGCAGCUGCUUCCUCUGGGAAUUUGAACACACUGGGCAACCUUCACCCAAUGGGAGGGUUGAAUGCAAUGCAAUUGCAGAAUCUAGCUGCAUUAGCAGCUGCAGCUAGCGCAGCUCAGAAUACCCCAAGUGGAACAAAUGCACUCAACUCUUCCAAUAGUCCAUUAAGUGUGCUCACCAGUUCAGCAGGUUCGUCACCCAGUUCCAGUAGCAGUUCCUCAGUAAAUCCAAUGGCUUCUCUUGGAGCGCUACAAACACUGGCAGGGGCUACUGCAGGCCUGAAUGUUGGCUCUUUAGCAGGAAUGGCAGCCUUAAAUGGAGGGCUAGGUAGCGGUGGCCUUUCAAAUGGCACAGGGAGCACAAUGGAGGCCCUAACUCAGGCAUACUCUGGGAUUCAGCAAUAUGCUGCUGCCACAUUGCCCACACUUUAUAACCAGAGUCUUUUAACACAGCAAAGUAUUGGUGCAGCAGGAAGUCAGAAGGAAGGUCCAGAAGGAGCCAAUCUGUUCAUCUACCAUCUUCCCCAGGAGUUUGGGGACCAAGACCUUCUUCAGAUGUUCAUGCCUUUUGGGAACGUUGUCUCUGCCAAGGUUUUCAUUGACAAGCAGACCAAUCUGAGCAAAUGUUUUGGUUUUGUAAGUUAUGACAAUCCCGUCUCUGCACAAGCUGCCAUCCAGUCAAUGAAUGGAUUUCAAAUUGGCAUGAAGCGACUGAAAGUACAGCUCAAGCGCUCUAAGAAUGACAGCAAGCCAUAUUGAGUGCCCCUCCCCCUGGAACUGGAGUGAGAAGGAUCUUCUGGUAAGUUGGGGAGGAGCCCACUUAGGGAUUCAAAAACUCUUUAAGGCUGUAUUUUUACAGUCACGGAAGCUGAUUGAUACCAUUCUGUCUGGCACAUCUUCCCCUGAAGACUCAGCUGCAGCCUCUACUGGGAAUUCUGCGGAUGGAGGACAACUUUGUGCUUUUGUUUCCAGUGUUUUACUUUGGAGCUUAGGUGCCAUAUCACUAAUUUUUUUAAAAAAAAAAGUUUGCUGUGUUUGUAACUGUGUUUUUGAGAAGGACCAAUGCCAGCCACCUUGGAGAGGAAAGGAAAAUAGUAAGUGCAAUUGGAAGUGACACUGCAUGACUUAGAUAUGAGGAGACCCCAAUGAUACUCAUGAAAAGGGGAAGCGGGAAGCUGAAUCCAAAUCAUGUGGUGGUUGGUUAAUGAACAACCCCCAAGGAGCUUUGCCAAGCUAUUUGCUAGGUUUAUUUAGUAAAUGCCUUAUGUGAGAACUGUAUACAGAAUCAGUCAGUUGGAGGAUAAUAGUUGGGCAAAAAUUUUCAUGUGGUAAAGGAAAAAUGCAGUAAUUAUAAUGCUAAAAUACGUUUGUAUAGUGCAAUGUGUGUGGUUGCAGCUUAUAAAAGUAUCCAGUGAUGUUUUUUGAUCAGCUGUUUACACUUUGGACAGAACAACCUUUUUUAAAAUUGGGUAAUAUGAAUUAGUGUUUCAAUUUCUUGGAAACUACACUUGAAGUUAGUUGGUUUAAUGAAGUUAUCUACACUUUAGGCUGUAAUUCAGGGAUUCCUGGAUUUAAUUUACAAUCUUACUACAAAUCCAAUGUCUCAUGAUGAAAUUUGUUCUUCCCCUGUUCUAGAACUUGUACAUAAAGAAAUGGUGCUCAUAAAGUACAAGUUAAAGUCUCCUUAGUGUUAAACUGACAGAUGGUUUUAAAAUGAGCUCAUAUUGCUCUGAUUUCUAGCAUUCUCUCCCCCCCCCAACUUUGUAUAAGUGUGUGUCAAAAUAAGACUGGCCCAAAGAUUAUUUCUUGUUUCUUAUAUAGAUUUAUUUUUCACAAAAAUUGUCAUCUUGUUAUAUAGCAGUUUUCUUUUGAGCGUGUGCCAGUGCAAAAAAGACUAAAUUCAAAGGACUGAAUCUGUGCAGAAUUUUGAUCUGGUCUACAUAUUGCCUGAUCCCAGUGCCUAAUAAUUAAAAGUCAGAUUUCUUCCCCUUCUAAUACACAUCCUUUUUUUCACAUGGGUGUAACUGCCAAAAGCAUUACAUUUUUAUACACACUACACCUGAAUCCAAAGGGAAUUUUUAACAGUAGGAGUUUGAGCAAUGGCGAGAAGUUAUGUAAAACCUAGCCCUGAGGCUAGAAAAAGCUAGUCCUAUUGUUAGGAAAGUUUACAGUGUUAUAUAUAGAUUCAAUGUAUUGCUACUUUUUGAAUAUGCUCUUUCUCAUUUGUUAAAACAUUUUCACAGCACGCCACUCAACCCAUCAAUUUUGUAUUUAGAAACAAGACAUUUUAGGGAAGGAUGAAAAAAAAAUAUUUCCAAGGAAGAUCCAAAAGCUCAUCAAGUUUGAAAUGCCACUGGAUAAGAUAAAACUCAAUAGGAUAUUCAGGCAUUUACUAGGGACUGGGUCCCCUUGUUUACUAAAACUGAGGCAUUAUAAUUUGCAUAAGGCCACCCAUCUGUGAUUCAAGUUGUUUUUUCUGAUGAAUUUGGAAUUUCACUGCAGAUUUAUAACUUGAUGAAUGGCAUAGUAAAGAUUAAACAGAAUUUAUUUAAAAAGCAUAUACAAUGGUGAUAAAAAGGUUGAAUGGUCAAAUUGCCAAAUUUUCCAUUUGUGCUGGCAUGUGGUAUCCUUCAGUGUUAAAUAUUUGGGGUCUAAUUUAAAAGCAUUUGCAUACACUUAGAUAACUGUAUACCAUUUGAAGUUUGUGCACUAGGAGAAGUUGUAUCCUGAUAUUAUGAGGAUGGGGGAGUGUUGGAGUGCUGAGGGUCCCAGAAUUGUCAAGGGAUUUUUUAAAUAAAAAUAUACUUUCAGGAAAAAAAAAAGAGGUCAUGGUUGGGAGCAAUUGCUCCAGUUGCAACCUGAUAUAACCAAGAAUGUUGUUUCUAUUUUUAUAGAAGUUUUAUACUGCUCCAGGGUGGAGAAUAUUUAUUAUCUAAAUUAUUUCACUGGAUAAGACCAGGGUUUUGCAUAAUCCUGAAUGUGAUUGUGUAACGCAUACAUAAACAAUGUGCAUGAUUGAAACUACUGACUUUCAGUGGCCUAUUUGUAACUAGGCAAACUGCUAAAUAGGAUAAGAAUUAAUGCUGUGAACCAGUGGAGGAGGAAAGCUGUGCUCAAUUUUUGCUAUAGUCACUCCUCCCAGUACUACUACUCUUCUCAGUCACUAUUACUAGCUUUUCUAAAUACUUUGUCGCUAUUUAUUCAAUGUCCAUAUACUUUGUAAGUUUUCUGUAUGCUUCCAUCAUGACAACUAUGGGGCAACUUUCCUCCCGUUGAACUAGCAACACAAUAUUUGUGUUAUGCUUAUCCUAUAAUGUUUCCUUUCAUAAGUAUGAUCAAUGCAAGUGCCCUAAUUCUACUGUCAGAGUUACCAAAGUUAAGAAUGCAGGUUAAAUUCUAAAAGUGAUCUUUGGAAUAGAUUGGCAGAAUUCUUGUGCCUUUAGUGGUGCUGUUCUGAAUUAUUUAAGAUAGAAUGCUUCAACCAAAAUACUUGUUUCUCCUAAAUUUCCCUUGAUCUGGCCACACAAAUGCUUUUCAGAUCAAAUAAUGAAGAUUUGUUUCCCAGGGAGAUUCCCACUUGGCAAGAAAAUGAAUCUGGUUUAUACAAGGAUACACAUAGAUUCCCCUUUGGAGUUUUGCUUCCACAUAUCAUUUUUAUGCAUAGCUUGUUACUUGGUCUGCUCCCUCUGCCCAAUCUUUGGCAAAAAAAUCACUGAAGCCGAUCAAAUUGGAACAUAAUCAUUUAGUUACUUAAUAUCAUAGUUACUUACAUACACAUCCUCAGAUUAAAAUGGUGAAUUUGGUCAUACAUACGCAGAAGGCAGAAAUUGGUAAAGAAAUUUUAAGUUAUACUGAAAAUUAUAUUGAACACCAGAGCCUUAGUAUUAUUGGGGGAGAGGGUGGAUAUCUUUAAAAUAAAGACGUAGACAUCAUGGUUUUGCAUGUAGCUUUUUACCUAUGUAUUUUGUUAAUUCACAUGAAUAGAUAGAUUCUGGGAAAGAGAAAAUGUUCUAUUAAGGGUUUGGGGUGUGUAUUUUAUGAUAAAAAUAAUUUUAAACUGUCAUUUUAAUUCAGCAAUUUAACUUUUGUAAACACAAACACACACACACACACCAAGGAUAGGAGCAAAUGCAAUCUUUGCUGGUUCCUUAAUUCAAACAUAUUUAGGCAAUUGCACACACCAAGAAAAGAUACUGCUUCUUAAAAGAGCAGUUGACAAGUAGAGAGGGGUGUCCAAGCCAGAUCUUUGCCAUCUUUGGACAUGAAUGCUGCACAUCUCUAGUUGGAUCAAAGGUUUUUCUGCCAAUGGGAGCCUUCUUGGGUUCAUUAAGGAUACUCCAGGGGAAGUGACUUUACUAAAGUACUUCUCUUAGUAUUACUAUCAAUUUUAUCCAAUGAAUUAACCAAUCCUAGGACAUUCAGGGGUAUAGGGAAUUAGAAAGAGGAAAAAGAGUUAACAAGAAUUAAUUCCUCCCUUGUUUCAGCUGAAGAAGGGUUGCCCUAGAUCCAAAAUGUGAACUAACAGAAGGAUGGUUUGUUUAAAGAUCACUCAUUUUGAUUCCAAGCCAGUGUUGUUUUUAAGUAAGUUUAAAAUUAAAUAACAUAGUGUAGCUUGACAUUUGUUAGAAAAAGUAAAUUGCAUUCACACAAAUGUGUACUUCAUUUGUACUAUUCAGCUGAAAUAGGUCUCUGUAUUUCAAUCAAAAUGUUGUAACAUGCAUUUAUUAUAAUUAGGAUGGAAGUGAGGGCAAAUCUAAGAAUGAUAGUACUUUUUCCAACAUUCAUAUACUGCUUCAGACAUUUGCUUAUGAACACUAUGUUAAGAGAAUGCUUAAAUGUGUUUGUCCUUGAUAUUUAGCCCUCUUGUGUUGUGAUCCUGUUAGACAGUCUGUUGCUUUGAAAAUCUCUUACAAGUCUCUGCAGAUUAAAAAAAAAACCCUUCCUUUCAAAACUGGCAGAGGUGACUGUAGAACUUUUGAGAGUCCAGAAUUCCUCCUCACAGAAUCAAAGAGUAACAUUUAUGUAUUGAAAAGAGUUGCAAAGGAGGGUGGUUGAUUUUUUUGCAAGUACCAUAGUAAAAAGGGCUCAGCUGCAGCAAGUCUUAACUUGCAGUGAAGUCUUAAUUCUUUCCUUUCUGUGGGGACAUCAGUUUUACUCACACAGUAAACGUGUUUAAUGUCAUUUUAAUGCCAGAAUCUACAUACAUGUACGUACAUACACACACAUAUGAGUUUCUAUUGCCUAAGUAUGGUAAGAAGAAGAAAGUGUUAAACUAUCAGUGCCCAGUUGCCCAGUGAUCUCUGCUUUGUCUCUCACCUGCUAUGUGAACUGUCCUACAAUUACAUUUUAUGAAGUCAGGUUCUAGUGGAAGGGAUGGGUGCUACCUUCCUCAUGAAGACAUAGCAGGAACACUGACUUAGAGCUGUGUUGAAUGCGCAGCUGUAUGCCACUAAGUCAGAGUCCAUUCUGUAGCCAGAGUCUAAAGGGAAUCCCAGGCCUCUGUUCCAUUUAAUUUCUGACAAUUUUUACAUUUAUUUGGUGUCUUAUGCACUUCAACUUUUACUUGUUCAUUGUUGGCAUGUGCUGCCCUUCCUUGUCAACUCCCCCCCCUCCCCAAGAGGUCUCAUUGUACAGUGCCCAUUCCUGUUCCACUCUCUUCUCUCUUUCUCUCUCUGUUUGGAUGUACUGUUCUGUGUAACUCAGUAGGUCUCCUUCUUUCUGGUUUGUUUUUUUCUAGAUUCCUGCCGUUUGUUCAUCGUUGUGCCUAAAGCAUGUCGAUGUGGCGUUCAAGUACAUCGUCCAAAUCCUUGUCUCUUCAGCUUCUCUGAUGCUUGAACUCUCACCCUUUGACCUUGUGUUGACUUUUGAUGCUGAUGUGUAUUUUUAUUAUGUUUGUUUCUUCUUUUUUUCCUUCCUUUUUUUUGUGCUGCCAAAUUGGUUUUGCUAGAAAGACUGCUGAUGGGGAAUAUUUAAACUUGCAUUUGAAUAUAAAAGAAUUCUAUUUUUCUAGAACUUCAUAAGAUAACCACUUGAUUUUGUGAUUCUGAUUCUUUGUAAUUGUCUUCAGAGCAGCCUUGCUAGCAUACCUCGUGGAGUAUUUGUAUUUCUGUGAACAUACAGCCAAUCACUUUCUAGGCUUAGUUUUUUCUGUGUGCUUAGUUUCAACAAAAAAUCUUUGAAGGAAAAAGUAAAAGGAUGCAACUCAAAGCUUUCAGGAGGUUUCUGGUCACAUUUUGCUGAACCUACCUGGCCAUGCUUGAGGAGAGAGCAUGUGUUUAUUGAUUUGAGUAGCUUCAGCAGAAAACACUUGAACUACACUUUUUCCUGAUUGUAGCUGCAUUUUUGCCCUGGCACUUAACUGCUUUUUCCUUCCUGUGUGAUUAUCAGCCUUUGUCUGCGGUGAGAAUUUAAUCAAAGUUGGUGUUGUAUUUUGUUAAACCUUUGCAUGCUUAGUUUUUUGUAACUACAAUCUCCUCAGCAAAAUGUGACUUUUUGUUUUUGUUUUGUUUUUCUUUUAAAAUUUCAAAUAAUGCCCCUGUAAACGUUUUGCAUGUUUCCUGCUGUGUUCUUCACAAUCCUGUAUAUAUAUAUACACCCUUCACCUCUGUUUUCUAUAGUUGGUGCAAAAACUGAGCAAUUUAUUAGGUUUCAAAGCUGUCCUAUUUUGGAUGCCAGACUUGUGAUCAUAUGUCAUGUAAGGACAUCUCCUGUGCAUUUAGACUGCUUUACACAGUAUCUGCACCUUGCUCUAUUAUCACAGCUAUGGAAAGGUCUCAGGGGCUUGAUUGCACUGUUCAGAUGGUCAUGGUGGCAGCGGCAGGGAUACAAGUUUAACAGAAAGAUGUGGGAUGUUCGCGUAAUACUGCUUCUGAAAUCCAACGGAGCUCAGGCUCUUUUGGGGUAGCCUUAAUUUGUACCUCUUGUUUAAUAUGCGACUUGCUUUGUGAAAUUUUAACACCAUUAACUCUCAGUGAAUGGAAGCUUGAUUGCUCUCCAGUUCUUACACUUGAAAUAGCAUGUCGUAUAUAUCCCAUGGAAGGAAUCUGUAAGCCUAGGCACAAAACUGCUGGCUCUUUCUCCAAGUGACAAGCACAAUAUAACAGCGCGUUGGCUGUUACCUGAACAGGGUACCAACCCCGGCUCCUUUUCUCAGGGGCCUUAGCUGGGGGAAUCUCCUCUGUGGAGAAUUUUUUUAAAAAGUUUUGUUCUUUAAUUGGGUUAGGAGACAUGCAGUUUUCUUUUUUUCUUUUUCUUUUUCUGGCCUGAUGAAGAAAUAGGACAGAUUAUCCUUCUCUGGGAAACAUGCUUCAGCUUUGCUGCACAUAUGAUCUGCUUUAGAAGCUGAGAUAUAGUCCGGGGGCUUCACAGCACCUGAAAAAAGUCCUGUGGUAAGGACUAAGCACAAGGGGCAACGGGGUGGAGGAGAAGCUAUGAAGGAAUUUUAACAGGAGGAAGGAAUGUGAAACAAAACAUUUGGAGAGUAGAAACAUGUAAGAGACCUAUCUAGGCCUUAGGAAGCUUUCACUCUAUUGUUGGCAAAAAAAAAAACAGCUGCCAACUCUCUUGCUGGAUGGGUAAUCUCUCUCCGUAUUUGUUCUUCUCUCAACCUGGUGAUCAGCAUCUCUAAGGAUGAGAGUGACUUGAAAGGGGAUAUAUCAUUGCAUUAUUUGGGGUACAGCUGUGAGAUGAUUGACCUUAGGCUCACAGUCACAAUGCACAGGGGUGUCUGAUGGCAGGGAAGUCAAGGCCUUGCAGUGUAUUAAUUAAUUUUGCCAAUACAUUUCUUUAUAAUGCGCAUACAGUUUCAUGAGAAACUCUGGAGAAUCCUGUGGUAAAAAAAAAAAAUCUCUGGAGAAAACCAAAAUGCCAAACAUUAGAUGUUCCUUUCCUUUCUUUCCUUUGAUUGUUUUAAUAAUUCUGUGGUGGUUUUAAUGGAUUUGAGACAGUAAAGCAGCAGCUGCCUUUUAUUUCUAGCUGCUUUUUGUGAAUAAUUAAAAAAAAGAAAAUUUACAUUUUGGAAAAAAAAACCUGUGGGCUUUUUUAUUGGUACAAACAUUGUAUUUAACACUAGGGGUUUUGUACAGUUUUUUGCCUUUUCUACUAGAAAACAAUGUAAAGUGAUUCACAAAUGUGACAAGAAAACAAAUUGCCACUAUGACCAAAUGUAGAAUCUGUUCUGCAGUUUAACAGGAUUUAAUCAACUCAAAGUCGUGAUUCUGUUGUAGCAAUGCUUUUCUUUACCCUGUUUGAACUGUUCCUUUUUCUUGUUUGAUUUGCAAAACAAAAUGUCUUUUUUGUGUGAAAUUGUGUUGUACUCUGUAGAAAAAUUAUGGAUUUUACUUUAGUGGUUAAAAAAGAAGCACAUGUUGCUUUUCUGAUCACGGAGUUUGUGUAGUGGAUUUAAAAAAAUGAAAGUUUUGUUACAAGUUUGGAACGAGCGAGUAUGUAUUAAGGAAUUUUCUUCCUUUUGUGUGUGGUUUCUUUUUGUCCCACUGGGGAACUUAAAGCUGUUUUAAUUGCACAGACACACAGACAAGAAGUCAUUUUGUAUAUGCCAAGUGUGGUAUCUCCCUUUGUUUAUUUGCUAUUAAACUGUUUGAGAAGAAA